AUGGUGAGGAUGAAAACGGAUGAUCCGGAAGAUUCUACCUUCGUACGGUUGGACACAAUAGAUAGAAUGAUUAAAGAGAUGGAAAAAACCUUGAGGCAACAACAGCAACAACAACAACCACCACACCAGUACCUGUACCACCACCAAAGAAGUGUGGGUGUUGGGUAUGGAAAAGUAUUCGAGGUUUUUCCUUGUGCUGAGGCCCAAAAAGUACAAUUCGGUGCCUUCACUCUUGAAAAUGAAGCACGGAGGUGGCGGAUGCUCACAAGAACUAUACACCAAGGAUUGACAUGGGCUAGAUUUUUGGAAUUGUUUUAUGAAAAAUAUUUUCCCCAAUGUAUGCGAGACAAGAAAGUGACCGAGUUUGAGACCUUGAGACAAGGGAACAAAACUGUUGCAGAGUAUGAGGCUCAAUUUUCCAAGUUGGCCCAUUUUGCACCCCAUAUGGUGGAUACAGACUACAAGAAGGCAAGAAAGUUUGAAGGUGGAUUACGAACUGCUAUUCUCGACCGGAUUAAUGUGCUGAAAUUACCUACGUAUGUUGAUGUGUUGGAAAGGGCAGUAAUCGCUGAGGGUAAUAUUGCCACUCAAAGCCGGGUCUCAGUGUGGAAAGAGAAGAGACAAAAUACCCAAGUCACCAGGGGCUCAGUGGCACCAUCGAGUAAGAAGCUGAAUUCGGGAACCUCUAGCACAUCCGCCUCUACCUGUGACUCUGCACCAAUUUGUCCGAAUUGUGGAAAAAGACACCGUGGGAUUUGUUAUCGGGUAACAAGGGCAUGCUUCAAGUGUGGCAAGACAGGUCAUUUGGUCAGAGAAUGCCCACAAAAAGAUCGACAGAAUGGGAAUAAAACCACCACAAGUUCAGUCGGAUCAACUCCUACUCCAACUACAAAGACAGCUACGAAACACACCAAUACUGAAGAUACUGCUAAGCAGAAAAGGGCAUUUGCGUUAAUUCUGGGGGACGUGCAAAAUACCGAGACUGUGGUAGAUGCCAAUUUAUUACCUCUUGACAUGGCUUACUUUGACAUAAUUCUGGGGAUGGAUUGGUUAAGCGAAUGUCAUACGACUAUUGAUUGUAUGUUGAAACAAGUUACCUUUCAACCCCCAGGACAGCCUAAGUCUAUUUUCAAGGGGCUGUGGGUGAUUUCCUCACCUUAUCUGAUUUUUGCAAUAAAGGUGUGUAAGUUAUUACAAAAGGGUUGUCAGAGGUAUUUAUGUAGUAUUUUGGGUGAACAACCAGUGGAUGGGGGCAUUGAUGCAAUUCCAAUUGUUCAGGAUUUUCAGGAUGCUUUUCCAGAAGAGUUACCGGGAGAAUUAAUUGAUCGUGAAAUUGAGUUUACAAUUGAUAUAGUGUCAGGAACUCAGCCUAUUUCCAAGACCCCUUAUAGAAUGUCACCCGCUAAAAUGAAAGAGUUGAAGUUCCAAUUUCAAGAUCUCCUCGACAAAGGAUUUAUUCGCCCAAGCACUUCUCUUGGGGCGCACUAG